UCUAUAUCAAAUUGAGAGUCCGGGGAAUGUUUUUUUUGUGGUAACAAUAAAGCAUCUGCAGAAGGGAUAAUCAUGGGUCAAACCGGAAAAAAAUCUGAGAAGGGACCAAUUUGUUGGAGAAAACGUGUAAAAUCAGAAUAUAUGAGACUGAGGCAGCUCAAGAGGUUCCGACGUGCUGAUGAAGUAAAGAGUAUGUUUAAUUCUAAUCGUCAGAAGAUACUGGAAAGAACUGAAAUCUUAAAUCAAGAAUGGAAACAACGUAGGAUACAGCCUGUCCACAUCAUGACUUCUGUGAGCUCAUUGCGCGGGACCAGGGAGUGCUCUGUUACCAGUGAUAUUGAUUUUCCAAAACAAGUCAUCCCACUGAAGACUCUCAAUGCUGUUGCUUCUGUGCCUAUAAUGUACUCUUGGUCUCCCCUUCAACAGAAUUUUAUGGUAGAGGAUGAAACUGUUUUACAUAACAUUCCGUAUAUGGGAGAUGAAGUGCUUGACCAGGAUGGUACUUUUAUUGAAGAACUGAUCAAGAAUUAUGAUGGGAAAGUGCAUGGAGACAGAGAAUGUGGAUUUAUCAAUGAUGAAAUAUUUGUUGAGUUGGUCAAUGCCCUUGGUCAAUAUAGUGAUGAUGAAGAUGAUGAUGAUGGAGAUGACAAUCCUGAUGAAAGAGAUGACAAGCAAAAAGAUCGGGAAGGUAACAGGAUAGAGAAAGAAACUCACCCACCUCGGAGAUUUCCUUCUGACAAGAUAUUUGAAGCCAUUUCCUCAAUGUUUCCAGACAAGGGUACAGCAGAAGAAUUGAAAGAGAAAUACAAAGAACUCACUGAGCAGCAGCUUCCUGGAGCUCUUCCUCCUGAGUGCACGCCGAACAUAGAUGGACCAAAUGCUAAAUCUGUUCAGAGGGAGCAAAGCCUGCACUCCUUUCACACACUCUUCUGUAGGCGCUGUUUUAAAUAUGAUUGCUUCUUACAUCCAUUCCAUGCAACUCCCAAUACUUAUAAGCGAAAGAAUACAGAAACAGCAUUAGAUAAUAAGCCUUGUGGACCUCACUGUUAUCAGCAUCUGGAGGGUGCGAAGGAGUUUGCGGCUGCCCUGACGGCGGAGCGCAUCAAGACGCCGCCAAAGCGCCCCGGCGGGCGGCGGCGGGGCCGGCUGCCCAACAACACCAGCAGGCCCAGCACGCCCACCAUCAACGUCCUGGAGUCCAAGGACACGGACAGCGACCGCGAGGCCGGCACCGAAACCGGCGGGGAGAACAACGACAAGGAGGAGGAAGAAAAGAAAGAUGAAACAUCCAGUUCCUCUGAAGCAAAUUCUAGGUGUCAAACACCAAUAAAGAUGAAGCCAAAUAUUGAGCCUCCAGAGAACGUGGAAUGGAGUGGUGCAGAAGCUUCAAUGUUUAGAGUUCUUAUUGGCACCUACUAUGACAACUUCUGUGCAAUUGCCAGACUGAUUGGGACCAAAACGUGCAGACAGGUGUAUGAGUUUAGAGUAAAGGAAUCUAGUAUUAUUGCACCAGUCCCUGCUGAAGAUGUUGAUACUCCUCCCAGAAAGAAGAAAAGGAAACACAGGUUGUGGGCUGCUCAUUGCAGAAAGAUACAGCUGAAAAAGGAUGGGUCAUCGAAUCACGUUUACAACUAUCAGCCAUGUGAUCACCCACGUCAGCCUUGUGAUAGCUCAUGCCCAUGUGUAAUUGCUCAAAACUUCUGUGAGAAGUUUUGUCAGUGCAGCUCAGAAUGCCAAAAUCGUUUUCCUGGGUGUCGUUGUAAAGCACAGUGCAACACCAAGCAGUGCCCCUGUUACCUGGCUGUCCGUGAGUGUGACCCUGACCUCUGCCUGACCUGUGGAGCAGCUGACCACUGGGACAGCAAAAAUGUUUCUUGCAAGAACUGCAGCAUUCAGAGAGGAUCCAAAAAACACUUACUAUUGGCACCUUCAGAUGUGGCAGGCUGGGGAAUUUUUAUCAAAGAUCCUGUACAGAAGAAUGAAUUCAUCUCUGAAUACUGUGGUGAGAUUAUCUCUCAGGAUGAGGCAGACAGAAGAGGAAAAGUGUACGACAAAUACAUGUGCAGCUUUCUGUUUAACUUGAAUAAUGAUUUUGUGGUUGAUGCAACACGCAAGGGCAACAAAAUUAGAUUUGCAAACCAUUCAGUAAAUCCCAACUGCUAUGCAAAAGUUAUGAUGGUUAAUGGUGAUCACAGAAUAGGAAUAUUUGCUAAAAGAGCCAUUCAGACUGGUGAAGAACUGUUCUUUGACUACAGAUAUAGCCAAGCUGAUGCCCUUAAGUAUGUGGGCAUUGAAAGAGAAAUGGAAAUCCCUUGACACCAGCUACCUCUUCUUUUAAACAAACAGCUGCCUUAUCUUCAGGAAUUUCUAGUACUGUGGGCAAUUUUAGAAAAAUACAAAUGAUGCAAUUUGAAAUUCUGUAUUUGCAAAGUACUGUAACAGUAAUUUAUAGUAACGAUUUUAAAGAAAACAACUUUUUAUUGCCUUCUCACCAGCUGCAAAGUGUUUUGUACCUAGGAACUUUUGCAAUAAUGUGGUGUGGUACAUUUUUCAACCUUGAAUAAAGGAUACUUGAACUUCUUCAUUUUUA